GUUGUAAACACAGCCAAUGGUGGUCUAAAAAAUAUCUAUAAAUUAUUACCUCGCAAAUUUUUCGUUUAAUCAAAAUACUCACAAUUAUUCUAAAUAUGAAAUUAAUUCUAGUAAUUCUCGUAGUGACAUUUUUGUUCUCACUUACGUCGUCUGCCAAAAACCAAAAUCGUUUAAGAUUUCGUUAUGGAAAUACAAAUGUUAAUUUCCAACUUAACAUAGAAGUGUUGAAUCCCAGAGGAUUAAGAGUUUCAAUUCCUCAUAAGGAUGGCUUGGAAAUGUUUUCCUUUCACGGUAGUGUUGUGCAUCAAUUCAGUGAUUUGAGGGAAGAUCGAGAUGGUUUAAAGUUUGCCCAUGACGUUACCGGUAGUGUUAAUGGUCUUUGGGUCUAUGAAAACAAAGAUAUUGAGCUGAAGAUCGGCGAUUCUCUGAACUAUUGGGUUUUUCUUCAGUACAAAGGCGCUGGGCAGCGAUUUAAUGACUUGACUUAUACCGUGAAAAAACUUGUUUCCAAUACUUCCACCCAACACUCGUCGUCGUAUUCAGGAGGAAGCAGCUUCAGUCAAUGGCAGACUACACGCGCUCCAAUCGUUAGUGCAUUCCAAAGUCGAACAACUACAGUCCUACCAAUUAUUCAUGCUCGUCCAAUUGUCUCAAAUUAUGCUGAUAUUCCUGCUCCAACGAUUGCAUCAGAUAAGCAAUGCGAGUGCAACGAAGAAGCCCUCAAGGAUGUGUGGACCAAGAUGAACGCCACAGUGGCUAAAAUGCGCGCCCUGGAGGACAUCAUCACUCCCUUGGAAGAGAAACUAAACAGUCUCACGGAAACGGUAGUGGAACUGAUAAAGAACAUGGACAUUGGCACAAGACUCCUGCUUACCGGAAAUCUACCCUCUCGGACGAAUCCCGUUGAAGAUGUUCGACAUCUUAUAGUUGAGAAACUUAAGCUCUUCGAUCUCAGCACGACGAUUCUCCAAGCCGAAUACAAAAACAAUGGAAUUUUGUUUGAUGUUUCUUCCUCCAUUGAUAAAUUGAGAAUUUUAAAGAGGUCCAAUGACAUCCUCUCGAAGUUGUCAUAUCAAAUAAUAGACCCUGACAGGCCUGUCUUUGAUGUUAGAAUGGCAAGGAAGUAAAAUACAAAUAAAUAAAUAUAUUUUUAGUUUAGUUCAAUUUUAAA